CCGCCGGCGGCCGGGGAUGCUCGUGUGUGCCCGAGUCAGCUGCUGCUUGUGUCACAGCCUGCUCGGGCUCGGCAGCGGGACCGAGCGCAGCCGAGCCUCGGCCGCCGCUGGCCGCUCCUUCCUCCCGCAUCCCCCGGGACAGCGCGGGGGUCCCAGCCCGCCCCGCCGCGGAGCCGCACGGGGAACUCGCCCAACUUUCCCCGGCCCGGCUCCCGGAGCUCGCUGCCAUGGCCCCCGGCAACUCCUCCCGAAACUUCUCGGCGCCGGAGGCUCAGAACGGCUCAGUAGCAGAGAAGCCAGCACCCCACACCAACGUGAUCAUGCCCAGUCUCUUCAGCAUCAUCUGCUUCCUGGGCAUCACGGGGAACCUCAUUGUCAUCUACACCAUCAUCAAGAAGAAGAAGCUGAGAUGCAAACAGACCGUGCCCGAUAUUUUCAUCUUCAACCUCUCCAUUGUGGACCUCCUCUUCCUCUUGGGCAUGCCCUUCCUCAUCCACCAGCUCUUAGGCAAUGGCUCGUGGUACUUUGGAGCUCCCCUGUGCACCAUCAUCACGGCCCUGGACACAAACAGCCAGAUCACCAGCACCAACAUCCUCACGGUGAUGACGCUGGACCGCUACCUGGCCACCGUCCACCCUCUCAAGUCCACCUCCAUCCGCACGCCGUGCGUGGCAGCUCUGGUCAUCUGCCUGGUGUGGCUGCUGUCCUUCCUGACCAUCAUCCCCGUGUGGAUGUACGCGGGCCUCAUGCCCCUGGAGGACGGGACCGUGCGCUGUGCCCUCCUGCUGCCCAACCCCGAGACCGACAUCUACUGGUUCACGCUCUACCAGUUCAUGCUGGCCUUUGCUGUGCCCCUGGUCAUCAUCUGCGUGGUCUAUUUCAAGAUCCUGCAGCACAUGGCCACCACCGUGGUCCCACUGCCCCAGAGGAGCCUCCGGGCGCGUACGAAGAAGGUCACCCGCAUGGCAGUCGCCAUCUGCUCCGCCUUCUUCAUUUGCUGGGCUCCCUUCUACAUCCUCCAGCUGGUUCACCUGGGCAUCGACACCCCGUCCAUGGCCUUCUUCUACGCCUACAACUUCGCCAUCAGCUUGGGCUACGCCAACAGCUGCCUCAACCCCUUCCUCUACAUCGCCCUCAGCGAGACCUUCAAGCGCCAGUUCCUGGUGGCCAUUCGCCCCGCCAAGGAGCCCUGUGCCACCAGCAGCUCUGCCAACAACAACAGCAUGACAGAGGCCAGCGUGUGCCUGAAGCUGGCGCCAGAAUCCACCCAGCAGACUCAGUUUCUGGAGGACUUUUCCCCACGCUCGCUGCCGGUGACUGUGGCCGUUCACUAGGGUACUCUGAAGGGAGGGCAGCAGAAAGCCUCUGGGUCUGUGAAUUGAUGGAGGAGCAGCAGCUUCAGGCAGGUCUUGGAGAUGCCUGUGGGCUACAAACUUCCACCUCCAAAAAGCAGGUGCCUCUCCUUCCCAUUACUCUGCUCCUGCACUGCUUCCAGCCUGUGAGAUGCUGCGUGCUGCUGCUUUUCAUCCUGCACAGGAGGACUCUGCCACCACUGGGCCCCCAAAGAGGAUGAAUGGAAAAGAGAGAAAGGACAGAGGACUUCCAGGGGGAAUAUUCUCCCUGCAAAAGUAAAACCUCUAUCAACACUGUCCAACAAUUUCUCACCUCUUGGCCUCCCCAAGGGUCCUAAGCAGCUUGUCAACAUAGAGCUUCUUCAUUCAAAACUUGAACCCUUGAACCACAAUGUCAUAUUUUUUUUAUAAGUGAACUGCAGACUUUGCUGGCUGUACUGAUAUCCUAGAAGCACACAGCAGAGAGAUCCUGGGGACAGAAGUCUCACCCAGCCCUGUUGCUUGGCCUCUCAGUCCGGCUCCAUCUGCCUCCAGUGGGCUGUAUUGUUUGGCUACCAAAACAUACCAAGAACUGGCUCAUUUUGAUGCUAAUCCCAAAUAUUUCAAGCAAAAUCAGACACAUAAUAAUCACACUGCUUCAAGGGACUGCAAACAAUUCUCAAAACUACUGCUGGUAACACCAGCUUUGUUGCUUUUCAUGCCAAUGAGCAGAUUUCCACAGUGCUAGUUCUUCAUGCUGCUCACAGUCUGCACGGCCAUUGGGGAACCCCUGGCAAAGGGUUUUAAGCUGGACUAAAAAUCACAUUGUGCAGAGAUCUGUGGAGCAAGGAGCUGUGAAAAAGCAGCUCAGGGGAAGCAGAGUUGCUUAUGCAGCUUCCUCAAAAAUAACAAAUGCUUUACACAAAGUUAAAAGAAGAUAAAUUAAAUGUCUCUGUGUUGUAUAUGCGGCUUUAACAGUCGGAGGUUAGGAAGUAACUCUGCUCAUUAUAAAGUAGAGAAAAGGCAGCAGAGAUCAGCUCAAAGCAGGGAUUACACCAGCAGCCUGUGCUGGGCUCCACAGGGACCACGCAGGCAUUGUUCAACACUUUGUCAGACAUGGAGGGACUGCUUACUGUAGAUGGAUUUAAUUUAAAGAAUUAAAAACAUCAAACAACCCAGAAGAAUUUGUUACACCACACUUAUGGUUUCACACCACCAGCCACCCACAAUAUGCCCAGAACGGAAUUUCACUCUUACUCAGCUCCAAAGCAAAACUGUGUCACCUGCACAGGAUGUCCUAAGCCACACACACACUCACAGUGCACACACAUCACACUUGUAAGCACAUUUAGGUACAGCCAAUACUUGAGCCUACACCCUGCAGAGAAGCACACAGGCAUUUGCUCACCUCUGGUGAUGAAA